CUUCGUCCUGUCUUCCUUAUGGCAAAAAUAUGACAUCAGGUAGAUCAUGCAGCCUAGUUUUCCCGCUGUUUGGCCACGACCAUGUCUCGGUUCUCACGCUUCAAGCCGAACAGUUGGGGUCAGAACAAAGCUCAAGCAACCCUUGCCGACUCCGACAUUGAGAGCUUUCCUUCUGGGAUCAAGAUCCUUUUUGACCCGCCAGAUGCAGCUUGCGAUAUCGUUUUCGUCCACGGCCUGACCGGCGAUCGAGAGCGCACAUGGACGAGCCCCAUUACUGGUGCGAGUUGGCCAAGAGACUUCUUGCCGGUCUCUUUGCCUGAUGCGCGGGUUUUGACGUUUGGUUACGACGCAUAUGUUGUACGGAAGCACGGAUCAGUGGCACAAAUCGACAUUUCACACCACGCAAACGACCUUCUGAAUGCUCUCGCCAACGAGAGGCAAGGACACGACUCAGCUACUAGGCCUCUCAUCUUCGUGGCUCACAGCCUCGGCGGCGUCCUGUGCAAAGAUGCCCUCCGCAUCUCCGAGGCUAGCGGAGAUGCGAAUUUGGCUGCCAUUGUCCACCACACCCGCGGUAUUGCUUUCAUCGGAACGCCACACGGAGGUAGCUGGCUCGCUUCUUGGGCAAAGACUCCUGCGGCGAUACUUGGUCUCGCGAUGCGCACGGAUCUGAGUCUUCUCUCAUUGUUGAAACCCAACUCUGAAGUACUGUCACGUAUUCACGACGAUUUCCUCUCCAUGAUCCGACGCCGAGGGUCACAACACCACGCAGUAGAACUGGCGUGCUUCUAUGAGACUUUACCUCUAGUCGGGAGAACCCAAAUCGUUGACCAACUGUCCGCCACAAUACCUGGCUUUAAUAACAUAUCAAUUCAUGCAGACCACAGAGACGUGGCGCGCUAUCACUCCGCCGAACACCCGGGUCUCAAAAGUAUUGUCGGCAUACUUGAACGUUGGGCGCGACCUCCUGUUACAGCUGGCGGCUUGAGUGCUGACGCCAAAGCAUUUCUUGAGACGCUCUCCUUUUCGGAGAUGGGUGUUCGACAAGCUACCAUUGAACACGCCCAUGCCGGCACGUGUCGCUGGAUGCUGGAAGACCCGCACUACAAAGCCUGGGUAAAUUGUCAGGACCUCGAUAAUUCGCACGGUCUCCUAUGGAUCAAAGGGAAACCAGGUUCGGGAAAAAGCACACUCAUGAAAUACAUUGCAUCUGAGGCUCCCAGGCCUAAAGGACUGGUGAGACUUGCUUUCUUCUUCAAUGCCCGUGGUGGUGAAGAAGAACGCAAUGCGCAGGGGCUUUUCAAAACUUUCCUCCACCAGCUCGUGCAAGAGUCUCCUGCCAUGACUAGUCGCCUUUUAACGCAUUUUAGAAGGAAGAAGGCUAAAGUCGGCAACCGCUCCAUCAUCUGGAGCCCCGCAGAGCUGCGAGACAUAUUCUUUGACACAAUCCGAUUCAAUUCCAGAACCCCGGUUGAGAUCUUCGUCGAUGCUCUGGACGAAUGUAAGGAAGAAGAAGUCCGCACCAUCAUUGCUGCUUUCGAAAGAUGUGCAGCCGAAACCGUGGAGCGGGGUUCUCGAAAUAUAAAGAUCUGCUGGUCAAGUCGACACUACCCUCAUAUCAGCAUCGAUCACGGAUUUGAGAUCAGAGUUGAGCUUGAGAACCUUGGAGAUAUAACCCUAUACGUCCAGCGUCAUAUGGCCAGGUCAAAACGGCAGCAAUCGUUUCGAUCUCUAGAGGAGAAGAUCGUCGAAAAGUCCAAAGGUGUCUUCCUCUGGGCCGUUCUCGUGGUCCACAGAAUAUGUAAACUUGCCGAUAAAGGUCUUCCCAUUGCCAGAAUCGAGAAGGUCAUCCACGACCUGCCAUCAGAGCUGAGCAAGCUCUACUCGGAGAUAUUUUCGACCCUCGACCCAGAACUGGCAGAGGAUACUGCUAACCUGAUGUACCUUGUCCUGUACGCAGCCAGGCCCCUAGAUACCGACGAACUUCGAAUCGGCAUCGACUUCAUGAGAAGUAUCUGUCCUUCCUCGUUGGAAGACUUUGCAGCAUUGCCAGAGCAGGUCUCUUAUUUUCGUAACUUCGUUACUGAGCUCUCUGGAGGACUUUUCGAGGUCAUCGACUCUGGUAUUCCUAUCGGCACUCAGCAUCCUGAUCUGGAAGAGUCACUCAACGUAAAGGAUUCUGUGUUUGAUUGGGACGAGGGCUCUCGGGAAGCAUGGAAUAGAUAUAUGGCACGUGCAAACUCGAGACGUCCGCUAGCUGAGAAGCAGGACAUGGCCAACAUUGUCGAAACCAGAUGGGUGGUUCAGGUCAUUCACGAAACAGUCCGGGGCUAUUUGAUGAGAGAAGGCUUGUGUCACCUCCCCGGGAAGUCUUUGCCUAUCCCAAUGGACGCUCGCACCGGGCACCUUCACCUCUAUCAAAUGUGUCGUCGUGUUCUAGCUACCAAUGAGAUGAGCUGCGUUUUCCCCAAGAAGGAGUGCGCUGCGCUCCUUCGCUGCAUUCCAGAUCUUGUUCGGUUAGGUUUACGAUGGUUGGAAACGACAAUCAUCCAAUACGCCCUUGAAAAUAUCUUCUUGCACCUGAGGAGCUCCCUGUUCUUUGGCCCGAAAGAUCAGUGCGGGCCUCAAUGGGACUUGCUCAGCCCAGCCAUUCAACGCGAUGUGCACUUAACAGAAAUCAGGGAAGCCCUAUUGCGAUGGGAAUGCAUUCGAGCUUCUACGUCCAUCCUCCAACCGAUGAGAGGGACGGCUUCCCACUUGCAAAAUAACAACUUUGACUCGAUCAUGGAUCGAGAUUUGUCGCCUGUACUGGCGGCAACGGGCCUCAGCCUGGCGGAUUUCCAGGCGUGCGCUUCCAAUUUUCAUGUGGCUCUCCUGACCCUUCACCGCCACUCGUUUUCUUUUGGGGAUUCAGGCUUGAAGGCAGCUAUUGCUGCUGUAGCACAUCACGGCACUGAAGAAGAACUGCGUGUCCUGCUCAAAGAUGCUGAUCCUUCGGCAUGCCUCGGAAGUGAGGGACAAGGGGCACUUUUGAUGGCAAUUGAAUCGCGCAGAACGUCGAUUGUGGAGAUAUUACUGUCGAAAGGCGCCCCGGCAAACCCACCUACUCAUGGUGGUGAAUUUCGCAAAAAGACUCCCCUGUCUGUGGCCAUAGAGUGCCGUGACGUUUCGGUGCUCUCUAAGCUGCUUUCGUAUGGUGCCGACGUGAGCGUGACAGCCAAUGGUUUUUUACCACUGGCACUCGCCGCCUCUCUGGGGUACAAGGACGUUGUAUACCUUCUGCUAGACCGCGGUGGACGGACCAUGACAGAUUUUUCCGUCUUGAAAAGGGCAGCUAAAGUUGCAAUGCUCGGAGGGCACCAAGAAAUUGCCACAAUACUCAUGGAAAGGGCUGCUUGCCAGUAGACCGAGCGCACGAAACAAAGGGGUCACGAAACACUGCAACGCUUGGCUCUGGAUGUGGCCCAGCGACACGACGAGACCAAUUUGUCUACAGGACAAGAUUACGCUCAGUUCCUUCACAUUCGUGACAGAAAAUGAUGUUUGCCAUCAAUUGAAGGGUGGUAGGAGCGAGCAGCGGCUCAUUAGGUGAAGCCUUCAAGGCCUAGAUGAGAUGUGGUUUUUUUGGGAUGUACGCCCUCAUCCUCCCUUUCGGAUGAGCAAGAAUAAGAACCAAUGAGGGAGCAAUGGCACUACAAUGCAGCGAGAAGAGUGGUUGUAUAUAAUUUUGGCAAAGUCUCGGGACGGAUCAUGGCUCUCUGCUGACCUGGGGCAUGCUGCUGUGAUACCGGGUCAGCCACAGCAAUGGACACAGUAUACGAUCUGUCCAGCUUUGUAACAGUUGUUCGCACAGCCCAUGUACAUUCCCUGUCUUGUACCGC